ACUCCAGUCGCGGCGAUAGGCGACUCUACACGUACACUUUGCUCCGGUCGCACGCCUCCAUAAUUUUGGAUGUCCUUGAAACUGAAUUUGUUCACCUGAGUGGAAAAUAUCGUGACAGUCAAAGGUGUGAAAUGUGAAUUUAGUGUUUAAAGUGUUAAAAUCUAAUUUCAAUUGUGAGUUAUAUUGUUUUCCGAUGAAGAUUCAAGUGUAACUGUUGACGGUUCUCGCUAAUUGUUUACUGAAAAAUCUGUCACCAUGGAGACCGAAGAGCUUACAAAACUUGUGGAUGGCAUAUAUAAGGUGGGAUAUAUAUCUUUAUUUCUGAGUACUUAUUUUUUGAGUUUUUUUGUUGAGUUGAGUCUGAUUUUUCAUCUUUACAAUAUUAAAACAGUAACUGAAAAUUUUUAAUAACGAAAGUAUUUACUUAAAAAUAUUAGUGAAAAUUAUUACGUAGAAAUAAUGUACCCAUACAAUAUUUUAAUAAAUUUAUAUCAAUUCUUGCUAGUUAUUAACGUAGUUUUUAUUAGUAGCAGACAUGCUACAUAGUUUUAUUAGACACAUGCAAAUUGAAAUGAAUUCUAAAGAAAAGUACAUCAAUUAUUCAGAAUUCUAAAUUGUGUUUUUCGUUUCUUACUUUAAAUCUAUAUUUUUUUAUGACAAUAAACACGAUGUCAAAUAAUUUUAAGGUAAUAGUUUUAAAGAAACUAAAAAUAAAAUAUUAUAACAUUACAUACUUAUAAUUAAACGAAAUAUUUUUAUAUCCAAAUUACCUUGCAAACAUCAUGUCUUGCUUAAUUACACUACCAUGACAAUAGUUCAUUAAAAUUUGAAUAGGAAAGUGAAAUACCAUAACUAAUGGAAUUUACAUACAAGCGGAUCUUCGUGCACCUGCGUCUUAUAAGUCAAGGUCAAGAAGUCAACCGACCACUAUAAAAAUAUUUAGUAGAGAAUGUUCCGUACGAUUUCACUAAAACGUUUCUCGAAUAAUAAUAUAAAUGCCUAUGAACUGAUUUCCAUGAGCGCCUAUUAAUACAUAAAAAGGAAUUGUAUAUGGCGGCCUAUUUACAAUUUAUAAGGCUUUGGUGUAAGCCAAUAAAAACAAUAAGAGAACUUAACCUACUAUUCCCGUUGUAUAAAUAUUUGUUUUACCAAUAGUGUAACAAAAGAAUGUAAUAUAAAUAUUUGUAUGCUUGAACACUAGCGGUUUGUUGUUAUUUUGUUUAUUGAAAAGAAAAUAAUUAUAAAAUUAUUGAGUAUUUCAUAUAGUUUUACUGUCAUAUGCAUCUCAUUCUUUUUUUAAAUAAUUUCUUUAACUCCUUUUCCGUCAGGGAAUUUGUCAGGUUAGUAAGAUCUAUUUCUGUUGCUAAUCAGUAGUGAAUCCACUGUUAUGUUAUGGCUAUAAAGCAAUUAAUCUUCUUCUAGGAUGACAAGUGAAAGCGUAUAAUAAUAAUAUAAAGAGAGAAUGCGCAUUUUGUGAGUUUGUAUAUAUGUGGAGGGUAAUCUCCGGAACCACUGCACCUAUUUGAAAUUUUCUUACACCAUUGGAAAGGUAUAUUAUUCCAGAUGGUCAUAGGCUAUAUAUUAUGUGUAUAUUUUAUAUUAAGGCUAAAAUUUAUGAUGAUAUUUGUCAAAUCAACCGGAAAAAGUCGUGCCUCUUGUGAGCUUUCAUCGCGUGAGCUGCGUCAAUAGGUCUCUUGAAAAGCUCUAAAAGAAAGUCCGCGACAACAUAUGUCUACCUUUUAAGGAUUACUCACAAUAACCUUUUUUAUAUAAAUACUCUCGCACGGCACGGCAAUGACGGGAGGAGGUGCGGUAUGCAAAGGGCCAUAUAACGUGUCAAAGUGAGCAACCCGAACGGGCAGACACGUGAAAAAUAAAUCAACCACUUAGUCCAGGAGGAAUCGGCGCACGAGUACCGAAAACUAUUCCACUUCAAUUUUUUCAUGCGAUUCGUUUUAUACCUAAAGAAAUGUAUAAAAAAAUAUUUUUUCUAUUCUCGCUUGAGGAAAUUAUUAACUAGGUAUUGUUUAAAAGCCUGAAGAAUAUAAAAAUAUAUAAAAUCUUUCAUAUUUUAUUCUUUUUCUUAAUAUAUUUUCAAGUCAAAUGUAUCCGAAUUCGGGAUUUUUCAAACUUUUAAUAAUUCACAACUCCGAAAAGUAUUAACUUUAUCGUAAGUUAUAAAUCCUUUUUUAUUAUACAAAAGACGUUGUGUAUUACUUAUAGGAAUUCCUUAACUCCCUUAACCCUUCAGUACUUCCCCCUCAUACUCUAUAAAUUAAAGUCAUUAUUCCAAUAACUUUAUUGCGAAACCUGAAUCCACUUGAUCUAUGCAAUGGAACUAGACUUCAAGUAAAAUUGCUACGUAAUAAUGUGUUUGAAAGUACCAUUCUUACAGGACCAGCAGCAGGUCAGUUGGCUCAUAUUCCCAGCAUUUCCAACUUCCCUGCAGAUAUACCUUUCUAAUUUAAGGGAUUACACUUUUCAAUAAAAAAUUUCAUCAAUAAAUCUGAAGACCAUACAUACAAAUAUGUUGGACUUGACUUAAGGGAAGAUAUAUUGGUUUCUUUUUUAUAGGAUAAGGGUGACAGACGAGCACACAGUCCACCUGAUGGUAAGUGGUUGCUGAAACCCAUAGGCAUCUACAUUUAUCCUCGAUUACGAAUCAAAAUGCAGAUGCGUUGUCUUUGAUGUAGACUAAGAUGGAAUGCCUCGUUUCCAGUAAAAAGGGUCUCCGGUUCUCUACACUCACCAUACGAAACACAGCAAUAUUAAGCUGCUAUUUUACGCUGGUACUCUGUGAGAGCGUGGUCCUUCCCCGGUCGAGCCGACCCAUUCGUGUUACAACUAUAUCAGAAAUAUAGCUGCAGCAUGGCUCUACCACGUCUCUCUAGUUCGGGAAAUGUGGAGUCGAGAAAAAGUCGUUAUAUUAAAGACGCAGAAAAAUGGAAUAUAAGUGUUGUAUAAAGUAGUUUUAAGAUAAGUUAUAUCUACUAAACUAAAUCUGAUGUAUAUUAUACCUAUGUAAUAUAAAAAAUGGAAACUCGUAAGAACUACCAGGGGACAUUCAAAACAGCCUAGAAUGAAUGCUAUACGAGACCAGAAUGGCUGUAUUCUGAAUGACGAAGUUUUGAGUUUAAGAAGAUGGAAGGAAUACUUUGAAAGCGUGUUUAUGAGUGAUGAGACGUUUGAAUUAAAUGAAAUAGAAAUUCCGAAAGAAGAGGAAAUAGAUAGAGAUAUAAGUAUAGAUGAAAUAAUGAAAGCAAUGAAAAGUAUGAAAGCAGGUAAGGCAGCCGGUUAUGAUAGAGUAUCUCUCGAAAUGCUAAGGGCUGGAGAAGGAGUGGUGGCAGACCUGCUGUACACCUUGUUUAAUUUAUGUUGGGAACUUAAGCGGGUACCGGGAGACUGGUGCAAAGCCGUGAUAGUCCCAAUAUAUAAGGCAAAAGGAUCACAGCAGGACUGUAAAAACUACCGUGGUAUCAGCCUUCUUAGCAUUGUGGGAAAACUGUAUGCUAAGGUACUAAUUGAAAGAGUUAUGAAAGAAACUGAUGGAAAAAUUUGGGAUGUACAAGUGGGAUUUAGAAAGGGAAUGGGAUGUACGGAUCAGGUCUUUUCCAUGCGCAUGAUCGCGGAGAAGUUUUUGGCCAAAAACCAAAAAGUUUUUUGUGCGUUCAUGGACUUGGAGAAGGCUUAUGACAAAGUGAACAGGGAUAUGUUAUGGCAAACACUGAACUCAUUUGGGUUGAGCGCUGGUCUGAUACAGGCAUUGAAGUCUCUAUAUAGGGACUCUAGUGCUUGUGUCAGGAUCAACAACUCGGACUGGUUUGGCAUCGAUAAAGGUGUCAGACAGGGCUGUGUGGCUUCCCCGUGGUUGUUCAACCUAUUUAUGGACAGUUGUUUGGAAAAUUUG